AUGGACAUAUCCAACGACGAGCCGGGCGCAACAGAGACAGCGUUGUCGACUGGUCCUGUCAGAGGCACGAAGCGCCAACAUGACGACUCUGACCAGGAUAACGCGAUCGACGAUAGUCAAAUCUACAAGCGACAGCGCAUCAAUGACGAGACUACCAUUGUCGGUAUCUGGGGCCUGAAUAACCUUGACGAUCCAGCCAAUUUCUUCACGGCUAAUCUCGACACCGCCGAGCCGAAUAGGGACCAUCGUACGCUCAUCAAUGAGGAGAGGGAAAUGCUUCUUGCACUCGGGUUCCAACUGGAUGAUGACCCUGGUCCCGAGACAAAUGUUCCAAACAGCGAGAGCUACGAUGGAGAAGCGAACCCUACCGCUGUGCCUCUAGACCCAGCUACCGAGUAUACCAACCCCGCAGACCCAAACCAUAUAGGGGAAUGGGAGUACCAGGACUGGAUGAGCAUGUCAUUCGAAGAUCUUUUCGCCAACCCCGCGUGGGAUUACCCUCAAGAUCCCUUGCUCGGACUACAGCCUUAUGAUCCUGCGCCGUGGUUGCUUGAUGAAAAUCUGCCGAUAUCCUCCGAGCCUGAUGCGCCAACUGUGGAGCUUCAGGCAGAAGACAUCGGUGUCGUGAAGGGGUUCGGUGAGCAGUUUCUCAAUCCAAAUGGGACUUCUGAAGCAAGAAUAGAGGACGCGCAACAGACAGAACAUACCGGAGGCCUGGACUUGUUGGAUGAGCAUCUCUGCAAUUCAGAUGUGACUUUCGAGGUGAACGUGGAGAACGUGGGGCAGAUAGAACACACCAACGGCUUGGAGGUGUUGGACGAGAAUCUGUUCAGCCCAGAUACAACUUCUGACUCUUUGUUUACGGGGGGCCAAACAACGGAACCUACUUUCCUAUCAUCUCCUGAUUGUGCAGCUCAUGGUCUUGGGGAUUGUCACCCUCCGCCGCCAGAGCAAAUAUUUGGCCAGACAGGCUACUCUAAUGCCGUAUUCGAGCCAGACCUUUGGCAGUUAGCAGCGGCGCCCAACAAAGUAGGGACUGGUGAGCUUCACGAUGACAAACCAGCAAGUAACUACCCGUUUGAACACUUGGAGUCCUCUGCUGCCCAGGACGGAGACGAAACCCAAGUCAAGGAAUAG